AUGGGAAGCGCCAAUCAAAUUUCUGAUCCUCCAUUCAUUCUUCGCACCCAUCAACCAGGAGAUAUAGGGUGGAUCAUCCACAGACAUGGUCUACUUUAUUACAAGGAGUUUGGCUGGGAUGAACGCUUUGAAGCGCUAGUUGCCGGCAUCGCUGCGGACUUCAUCAAUCAAUAUGACCCCGACUUAGAACGUUGCUGGGUUGCAGAAAAGGCGGGCGAAUUUCUCGGAUGUGUCAUGAUUGUGAAGCACUCAUCGAAAGAAUCUACAGCCAAGCUCCGCUUGUUGUUAGUGGAGCCAAGCGCUCGUGGCCUCGGUGUCGGCCGUGCUUUGGUGCAGCAAUGCGAGGCCUUCGCCAGGGAGGCCGGCUACAAGCGAAUCGAGCUAUGGACGAAUAAAAUAUUGACCUCAGCUCGUCGACUCUACACCUCUGAGGGGUACAAGUGCAUUAGCGAAGAAGAACAUUCCACUUUUGGAAUCAAAUCAACUGGAGAGACUUGGGUACGCGAGUUAUGA